AUGGACAGUCUACAUCUCCUCUUCUUCAUCAUCUUACUCUCCACCACUUCAACAACCGUCACCACACGGCCAAAUAAAACUAAUGCCUUAAUCCAAACGGUGAUCAAAGACCCAAUUACCAAUAUAUACUUCACCACCAUCGACAUAGGAACCAACAUCACCGUCUCCCUCAGCUUCGUCAUAGACAUCUCUCAACCUUACACUUGGUUAGACUGCUUCUCCGGCUACUCUUCCUCUUCUUAUACUCCCAUCGAUUUCAAUUCCCCUAAAUGCAAACUCCUCAAGCUCACAAGUCCUUUAAAUGUAACCACACCAGAUUGGUUGGUCUGCUACGGCGCCGGAGAAAAAGUCAAACCUGGAUGCUCCGACCAUCCUUGUGGGAUAAACCCUUACAAUCCCGUGGACAACACGUCACGUGCUGGAACCUUGAGUGAAGAUGUAAUGUUCUUCUACUCUAUACCUGACGGCUUAAGCUUCGGAACUAGACUCCAAUCUCCGCCGUUGAUAUUCGCCUGCGUUGGCCGGAGAAGCUUCGAGGGCUUUCCGUUGGAAGCUCAGGGGUUGCUUAGUCUUUCAAGAAACGCACUUUCUCUCCCGUCGCAGCUCUCUUCCAAAUUUGCGCUCUGUUUGCCUUCUAAAACAGAGGACUCUGGUUUCGGAGACCUUUUCAUCGGCGGUGGUCCAUAUUUCUUCCCGCCGUUACGGGACGACGCUUCUAAGCUCUUCACCACCGUGUCGCUGAUAACUGACAAAGCCUCCUCAGAUGAAUACUUCUUCGAAGUUAAAUCAAUCGAAAUCGAUGGAAAGGCGUUACGUUUAGAGAGUUCGAUACUCUCUAAGCUCAGCACCGUGACUCCUUUUACCGUCAUGCAUCGUUCUGUUUACAAACUUUUUGUUAAAGAGUUCAGAGGUAAGGCCAAAGCGAAGAAGAUGAUUGAAGCAGAGACGGUAGUGUCUCCUUUCGAGGUAUGUUAUAAAAUGAAGAAGGGGUUUAAAAUGGAAGAUGUGCCAGUGAUUGAUCUAACGGUGGGGAGUGAUGGCGGGAGAUGGAGAAUCAACGGAUGGAAUUCAAUGGUGGUUGUGAAGGAGAAAAAUGUGAUGUGUUUGGCGUUUGUGGAAAGAGGAGGAGAUGGAGAAGAGAUGAUGGUGAUUGGAGGGUAUCAGAUGGAGGAUAACUUGGUGGAGAUUGAUCUUCAGUUAUCCAGGCUUAGUUUCACUUCUUCUCUUCGAAGGCAUAACAGUUCUUGUUCUCGUUUUAGACCAGUUGCAACAAAUUGGUGUCCUAAAAAAAAAAAACAACUCGUGAUGGGUUCAUGA